CAACAGACAGGACGCUGUCUACCUGAUCCUGGACCGCUGACUGUGGCUGCGAGAGGCAGGAGAAAACUGGGAAAGCUCCGAUCGAGAGGAAUAGAGGGCAGAUUAUGAGAAUAUACGUGAACGCCGAGGAGUAGCGGGGGUUCUUCUCCUCCUGUGAGCGGAAAAGGCGUCGCGGAGGACGGGAGAGAGAGGGACGCAUCGUGGACAGAGACCGAGGAGACGGAGGGAGGAGGCGACAGCGGCUCGUAAACACGACGGAAAACGGCAAUCAGCGCGGCAGAAAGCAGCUAUCACCCCCUCUAUCUCCCGCCUGGCACCACCAGCACCAUCGACACUGGUGACAUCCCCGAGUCCCUUCGCAUCAUUCCGUCUCCAUCCUAUUUUUGUACGUUAUUGCUGUUUGGCUUUUGCUUUCCGUGCCUCUGCUGUGAGUAUCUGUGGGGAGAACCGCUGCUCGUGUCUGUCGGAGGAGCAGCAUCAGGGGCUGAGCUAGGAUAGGAGGCUGUGAGCCAUCACCCAUAGGAUCCCCCCGCCCACCCCCAGUCGGGUCCAGCUUGGGACGAUUAUCUGCACAUCCGAUCCGGCGGAUAAAGGAAAAAACAAAAACAGCGAAGGCGAGUAACCCGCCUUCAGCAGAGUGAGAGAGAGAGACCCCGGCCCCAGUUAUCAGCCAGUCUCCAGCAUCACCGAUGCGAUGGCAUAGUGGCUUCUGCAGUGCAACCGACAGGCUCGACUCCGAUCAGCAGGGCUCUCAUCCACCAUGACCCUCUGAAAGACAUCCGGCACAGGCACAGAUGGGAUGAAAAUGCGGCGGCACAGGGUGUUCUUGCUGUGCACGGUGGGCCUGUGUGUCAUCUCCUUCCUCCACUACUACAAGGCCCUCCAUUACGUCUCCCUGCUGCGGGAGCUCUCGGCUCCAUACCCCAACAUCAAGUCCUUCAUCAUGGUGACCGGCUUCUUCUGGAGGGAGAAAGGUAUGGCCACCACCCCGCUCAGCCCAGCUUCUCCUGAAGAGGCCCCCCCUCUACCCGGUCUCCGGCAGUCAGAUGCCAAAGCUAGAGGCGUGCCGGGUCUCGGGGGAGGAGGCGGAGGGCAAGGAUUUGGCCCAGGGAUCCCAGAGGCCAUAGCUGGAGGUGGAGAUGAGGAGAUGAGGCAACGAGAGGAGCCAGCACCACCACAUCCCUGGGAGAAACCAAAGGAAAACCAGCUGGGAGACGCAGCAAAUGAGAUUAGAGCUGAGGACCGCUUAAAGCGGUGGAAUCCCGCCCACCCUGCACCGCCCGAUAGGCUAGACCCUCCACAGGAACCAGCAAGAAAAGAGCAUCAUUUCAGGGAUCCCAUAGAAUCCAUGGGAGACCUCCAUACUCGCACUUUCCAGCUUCAAGAUGACAAAACCCCUUACUUUGUGCGCACCAAAGCUGGAGCCCUUUGCUUCAGGCAGGGGACAGAGGUAGCUACUCCUAAAGAGUACUAUGGAAAAUCAGGGGGGUCUGCGGCUAACGGAGCAGUUGGUCGGGCUGUUGCUGCCGGGCAACGGAAACCUCUGGAGCUCCAGCAGCAGCCCACCAUUGUGCCAAAGGUCAAAGCUCGGGCCAAGGGCAACGGGAAGCGGCUGGUCAAGUGCGUUUGUCGGCCUGGGUGGCACGGACCUUACUGCGGGGUUCCCACAAUGGUGUACCACUCCAAUCUGCCAACUAAGGAGCGGCUGACGCCCAGAGAAACCCCGCGGAGGGUGAUCAACGCCAUCAACGUCAACCACGAGUUUGAUCUGCUGCACGCACGCUUUCAUGAGCUCUCAGAGGCCGUGGAUUUGUUCCUCGUGUGCGAAUCGAACUUCACCGCCUACGGAGAGAAACGGCCUCUCAGUUUCCUGCGGCUCCUUCUAAACGGUACCUAUGACUACAUACGUCACAAGAUCCUGUACGUGUUCCUCAACCACUUUCCGGAUGGGGGUCGGCAGGACGGCUGGAUCGCCGAUGACUACCUGCGUACCUUCCUGACGCACAAUGGCAUGUCCAGGGUGGUCGGUGCGCGAUCAGACGAUGUUUUCGUCAUCAACGAUGCCGACGAAAUCCCAGCACACGAAGGACUACUUUUCCUCAAGCUGUUCGACGGGUGGACAGAGCCUUUCGCCAUCCACAUGCGCAAGUCGUUGUAUGGCUUUUUCUGGAAGCAGUUCGGGUCUCUGGAGGUGGUGUCGGGCUGCACGUUGAGGAUGCUGCACGACGUGUACGAUGGCGACGGCAUCAAACUGCGUCGUCGCGAAUAUUACACUAUGCCGGGUUUCCGCAAAUACGAGAAUGACACCGGCCACAUCCUGGUGCAGUGGUCGGUGGGAAGCCCGUUCCACUUCGCAGGGUGGCACUGCUCCUGGUGCUUCACACCCGAGGGGAUCUACUUUAAGCUGGUGUCGGCGCAGAACGGAGACUUCCCGCGGUGGGGCGACUACGAGGACAAACGCGACCUCAACUACAUCCGCGAUCUCAUCCGGACUGGCGGCUGGUUUGACGGCUCGCUGCAGGAGUAUCCCCCUGUGGACCCCAAAGAGCACAUGUACGCCCCCAAGUACAUGCUGGAGAACUACGACAGGUAUCGCUACCUCUUGGAAAACCCUUACAGAAAAGAGUCCAGAGCGAAUGAAGGCUAGGUGUCAGGUGGCCAAAAAAAUUUAAAUGAAAAACAUAUGGGAAAAAACAAAAACAAAACGCUCGUAGGGCCCAAGUGAUUUUGGGGGGUGGAACGAUACUGAUGAACUGCUUCUCUCAUUGGAGUGAAACUAAAUGUAUCUCCACCAGGCAGCACUGAUGCUGCUCUUUAAAGUCAUUACAUUGGGGUCAGAAAAAAGGGAACACUGAAUCACAUCCAUGGAUUUUGAGAGAGAGCUUUGAGAUGAGAGGAUAAUAUCCACUGAAUCUUAGAUUUCCUCAUUCCUCCCCUUUUCCGGGAGGCCCCGCGCUAUCUCUCUAUUUGUCACCUGUCCUUCCUUUUGUCACCCACCGAUUCGACGCGCCUGUUCUCUGAGAGAAAAAGGCAGCAAGAAAAAGCCAGGGGUCUAUCGCCGGCAGGUGAAACCCCUCCAUGGAUCUGACAAACUCUGAAGGGAAGGACCGUUUUGGUUUUGUCUGUGUUUACUGAAGUUUACAGAUUGACCGAUGUUCCCACUUCACUCUGCACCUCCAGAUGUCUUCCUGUCAUAUUUGGUGACCUC